AUGGUCGACAUCGUGCCUCUGAGCUCUUACCCCUCCUACAUCGACCUCCUCCCCUCAAUCCAAACCUGCAACAUCACCAACCUCCCCGAGAACUACUUCUUGAAAUACUACCUCUACCACGCCUUGACAUGGCCCCAGCUUAGCUUUGUGGCGGUCCUCCGGCCGAACAGCGGAUACAAGACCGGAUCCGGAAAAGGUGCUGCAGGCGAUAUCUCGGGACAGUACCCUAAGGUUGUGGGCUACGUGCUUGCUAAGAUGGAGGAGGAGCCCAAGGAUGGGAAGCAGCAUGGACACAUUACUAGUUUGAGUGUUAUGCGGACGCACCGCAGGUUGGGAAUUGCGGAGCGAUUGAUGCGCAUGAGCCAAAAAGCUAUGGCCGAGUCCCACCGCGCAAACUAUGUCUCGCUGCACGUUCGUGUCUCCAACACAGCUGCGCUCCGUCUAUACCGUGAUACUUUGCGCUUUGAGGUUGAGAAGAUUGAGGACAGCUACUAUGCCGAUGGCGAGAACGCGUAUGCUAUGCACUUGGACCUGAGCAGCCAGUGGUUGGAUUGGAAGGCCAUUGAGGCGCGGGAUCGUGAGAACGAGAAGAACGAUGACGAUGACGUGCAGGAUGAGGGCGAGGCUGUUGGUGAUCUUGGCAAGAAGGACGAUUCUAAGGAUCAGGAGAGAUUGGUCAAGGUCAAGGUCGGACGUGGGUUGGGAGUUGGUGACUUGGUGGAGAAGAACGAAUCGCAACAGUCAUAA